UAACGCAGAAAAUAAAAUUAAGAUGCUCAUAUAUCAUAUUAUAAUUUUUAAAAUGUUAUAUUUUGGAAAAAUUGUUAAAGCUGGAUGGGUCGAAAUUCCUGAGUUUUCAGAUGAAAAGAAAGUUUACAGAAUUCCUUUUUUUAAACGUGAUUAUGAAUACAAAUUUAUGCGAAAUGACGAUGAUAACAGUUUUUUUCAUAAGAAAAACGACAGUACGAUUUAUGAAGAACAAUCGGAAAUAAAAAUUCCAUUAACAUCCGAUUCAAAUGUAAAUAUAACUCAAUUAUCAGUAACAGAAUUAAAUACUGGGACAGAGAAAUAUUUUAUGAAUGCAUCCGCUGAACAUAUUGUCGAGAAUAAUUCUGACAUAAAAAAUAAUAGUUAUGAAAUGGAUAAAUUAUUAAUUGAAUCUGAUCCAAUAAAAUUAGAAGAACAUAUAUCAGAUACAAAAAUGUAUGAUACUAAAGAAGUUACACUCAAACAACAAUUACCAAUGUCUAAUAAAAAUUUUAAUGAAACUUUGAAAGAAGAUAAAAAUACAUUUCUAAUGUAUUUACCAACUGAAAUAUUAAAAAAUGUUCAUAAAAAUUUAAAAUCUCAAUCAUCAAGUAUAAAAGGCAAACUCCAAUUUUUGAGAUCAUUUGAAAAGAUAUUAUCGCUUGAAAUAGAAUCUAGACUCAUAAGAUUUAUAAAUCCAAUUCGCAUAAAAAGGGGUACCAGUGAUCAUUAUGAUCAUGGGUAUGAUGAUUAUGAAGAUCAUGGAUUAGGUUUUCCUUCUGUAGAGGGUGCAUUAAUGGCUAUUUCAUUUCUUACAUUUGCUGUCUAUUUGGUUAGAUUAGUUAUGCUUCUUUUUCGAAAUAAUGGAACUCAAAGUACUGUUCCCACUGUACUUAUUGGUAAAAAAAAGAGAUCAGUGGAAGAAUUUAAUGAAGAAACAGCAAGAAUUCUUCACAGUGUGGAUAAUUUCAUUUCUAAUAUUUAAUGUUAGUCUUAUAAGAAAUACAAACAUGGAAUGAUACAAUUUAUAUUCAUUCUAAUAUAUAAAUAAGUCAUUUUUAAGCUGUAUUUAUAUGUAUAAAUGUUUAAUAUAUUACUAAAGUAUUAAUAAUAAGUUAUACUCUAAUGCAUCUACUACACAAUUGUACAUAAUUGAUUAUAAGAGAAUUGAAAAAUGAAUAUGUAGAUAUGUCCAAAACCAGUAUAAAUUUUGUGAAUAUAUAGUACAUAUAUUUUUAUAAUUUUGCUUGUAUAUGUACUGAAGUAUUUAAUGUUGAUAAAGAAAUAUCACUAUAAAAUCCCACAGGAUGUAAUAAUGGGAGCUGAUGUAAUUUUAAAAUAAGAUAUUCCAUUUGUACUUUAUCUACAAAAUAAAUACCUUCUUUAUCAGAUGUUAUAA